AUGGGUGGUGGAGGUCUGUUGCGCGAUAAGGCUGGAGGUUGGCUGGCUGGUUUUUCAUCUUCUGCGAUCAGUGGUGGCUCUUUCGAAGCGGAAGUUACAAUGUUGCGGGAUGGCCUUGUAAUAGCUUGGCACCAAGGCUACAAGAAGGUUAUCAUUCUCAAAGAGAUAAUGGCAAUCAUGGCUAGGGAGUGGCGCGUGACUGUCAAUUGGGUUCACCGGGAUGGAAAUGCAGCAGCGGAUUGGCUUGUGAAGCAUGGUCAUAGCCUCUUGGCUCCUUGUGUUCAAGUUAUUAGUCAGCUGGCAAGCGAGCUUCAGCUUCUUCUGCUGAAAGACUCCCUAGUUGUGCCUUAUUCAAACACUGCACCACACUUAAACGGUCAGAUUCGCACGAAACGUUCUUGA